UAAGACACCACAAGUUAAACUUAUAGAUUCACUCACCUCUUUGCAUUUCAGUUUCCGCUUUCGCACUUCAAUCGCAAUCGCAACCGUAACCUCUCUCGCCGCCGAUCAACCAUGUCUCACCGGACUUCCGCUACUUCCCUCCAUGUCUCCACCGCUCCUCCCUUUCCGAUCUCCAAAGAUUUCCAAGGCUCUGACAAUCCUAUUCCACUCUCACCGCAGUGGCUUCUGCCAAAGCCAGGGGAGGGAAAACCUGGAGCAGGAACCGUGGAAAGCCAUGUCAUCUCAACUCCAUCACUUAGCAAUCACUCUGAGACUGUUAAGACAUCUGGAAAUGAAGAUGUGCGUGACGACCAUAAGAGAAAGGACGUCUUUAGGCCAUCCGUACUUGACUCUGAAAGUGGACGCCAUGACCGUUGGCGCGAUGAAGAGCGGGACACCAAGUCCUCCAUACGCCAGGAACGUUGGAGGGAUGGAGACAAGGUCUUGGGGGAUGCUCGGAGAGUGGACCGAUGGGCAGAUAACCCGUCUUCUAGGAACUUUGGAGAAACACGUCGUGGUACGUCUGAUAGAUGGAAUGAUUCAGGUAAUAGAGAGAUGAAUUUUGAUCAGCCGCGUGAAAAUAGGUGGACCUCACGCUGGGGUCAUGACGAGAAGGAGCCUGAAGUUCUUCAUGAGAAAAAGAACGACUCUGGUAAAAAUUGUGAUCUGCACCUGGACAAAGGUUCGUCUCACAUUUCCAUUCCUGGUAAGGAUGAAAAGGAAGGGGCUCGUUUUUCGCCAUGGAGAUCUAACUCCUUACAAAGACGUGGAAGGAUAGAGCCUUCCCAUCACCAGAAUAUGACACCCAGCAAACAAGUGCCUAUAUUUUCUUCUGGGCGGGGCCGUGGGGAGGAUACACUUCCAGGUGCUAAUCACGGACGUGGCCGUGGGGAGGAUACAGUUCCCGGGGCUAAUCACGGAGGUGGCCGAUUUGGUUCUGGUGGGAGUCCUAUAAAUAGCUCCUACAUGCAUUCUCAAUACCCUCAAACUGUAUUGGAUAAAGUUGAAAGGGAGCGUGGAGAAGCUCAUCCAUUUAGAUACAGUAGGACUAAUAUACUUGAUGUGUACAGAGUGACUGAUGUGCAUACAGCUAUAAAACUAGUGGAUGAUUUUGCGCAGGUUCCUCCUUUUACACAAGACGAACCAUUGGCGCCUCUAGCUCUCUGUGCACCAACUUCUGAGGAACUGACCGUCUUAAAGGGUAUUGACAAAGGGGAAAUAGUUAGUAGCAGUGCACCUCCGGUGCCAAAAGAUGGACGGAACUCAACAGAGUUUACACAUUCAAGACAAAUGAAGCUUGGAAAUGCAGCUGUCCAAGAUAGAGGUGAAGGUGGUGGUUCUUAUAAAGUAGCUGAUGAAGUGCACAGUAACAGAGAGUCAGCCUUUGAAGAAAAUAGUCCUGUUCACCCUGGUACUGGACGGCAUGCCACAUCGCAGGGUGAACAAGCAAGUAGUCUCAUGCAUGAUAGCAAAAAUGUGCCUGGUGAUGUCAGUUCAAAAAACUCAGAUAUUAAAUGGUCACACCAGCCAAAAGAUUUUCGUACUCAGUGGGAAAAUAACUUGGACUAUUUAUCUGACACCAGAGAUGUAGCUAAGUGGCAAUCUAGCGAAGAUUCAAUUGUUAAAAGGCAACUAACUGGAUACUUGGAUGGUGAACUGGAAACCAGGAGAGUUCCGCAGACUUCUCCAGAGGAGUUAUCCCUUUUCUAUAAAGAUCCUCGGGGUCAAGUUCAAGGUCCAUUCAAAGGAGUUGAUAUUAUUGGAUGGCUUGAGGCUGGAUAUUUUGGUAUUGAUUUACUAGUUCGUCUGGAAAGUGCAGCAGCUGACUCGCCAUGGUUGCAACUUGUUGAUGUCAUGCCCCAUUUACGAGCUAAAGCCCGACCACCACCUGGGUUCCCUGUAACAAAACUUGACACUACAGAGGCACCUGCUCGUCAAAGUGCCGGUACCUUUGUGAAUAUUCAUACUGGGCUGGGUGAGGUUGAGAGGUUGAGAAAUAAUUCCAUGCAUAGACUGGGUUCUGCCACUGAAGCUGAAAAUAGGUUUUUGGAGUCACUCAUGUCUGGUAGCAAGAGCAGUUCCCCUCUUGAAAACGUGACCUUAUCAGAAGGAAUACAAGGCUUUAUUGGAAACAAUUCUGGUAAUUUGGGCCCAUCUGGAGUUGAUGGUGUAAACAACCCAUACUUGCUGGCUCAGAGGAUGGCACUUGAACGACAGAGGUCCUUACCAAAUCCUUAUCCAUACUGGCCCGGGAUUGAUGCAGCAUCUCUUCCGCCAAAAUCAGAUGUUGUUCCAGAUGCAUCGCCACAUUCAAAACUCAUGUCUUCAUUGAGUGACAAUUCUCGACAAUUUCAGUCCCAAAAUUCUGAGUUGAUCUCAGGUAUCCAAGGAUUAUCCGACAGGGCAUCCACAGGCUUAAAUAAUAAUGUUGCUGGCUGGUCGAAUUAUCCUCUGCAAGCUGGAUUGAAUCCUCUUCAGAAUAAUAUUGACUUGCAUCGUGAUCAAAAUUUUAUACCAUUUGGAGUUCAACAACAAACAUUUCAAGCAUCAAACCAUUUGUCUUUAAAUAAUUUAAGGGCUCAAACUGCAGAUAACCCAUCUAAUGUUUUAACAGCAGAAAAGUUGUUUUCUUCCAGUUUGUCCCAGGAUCCCCAGAUAGUGAAUAUGUUGCAACAGCAAUACUUGCUGCAGAUGCAUUCACAGGCAACUGCUCCUGCACAGCAGAUGCCUUUAUUAGAUAAACUCCUAUUUUUGAAGCAACAGGAGGAGCAACAACUGUUAAUGCACCAACAACGGCAAAUGCUUUCUCAGGUGCUGCAAGGGCAUCAGUCUCACCAACACUUUGGUGGUUUAUCUUAUGGACAAUUGCAGGGUGGUGGAUUAGGAAUGGGGAAUUUGCAUGUGGAACCUUCUCAAUGGCAACCACCUCAUGAAAAUUUUCAUUCGAGUUCUCAGACACCAGUUCCUAGUGUGCAUGAUGAGCUUAAUACCAAGUCUUUGAAUAUAUCUCAGCAAGAAAGCCAAGAUACUAGUUAUAAUAAAAGCGCUGAAUCUGUGCAGCUGCCUCAUCAAUUUUUUGGGAAUAUGAGUCAACAUAAGGGUUGGGACACUGCUCUUCCUGAACAAAUUAAUGAAAAAUACCAGAAGGAAACAUUGCCUGCAUCAGCUUCUGUUGAAAGUUUGCUAUUGCAUGAGCAGAGCAGAACUACAGAAGAGCCUAAUAUCGCACAGAAACCUUUUUCUGCUUCUGACUGUACUGUUAAAUAUGUGGAGCAGAUGUCAGAUAACAAUGAUAGGGCUGAUGGUACUCUUGUGAAUGCAAUUUCUGAGUCUGCUGAGUAUUCCAAACCUGCACUGUAUGUUGCACCAGUUAUUGUAGUGUCUUCGGCUGCAUCACCAUUGGCAGGUCAAGUGGGUACGGAUGUGUCUUCGGCUGCAUCAUCAUUGGCAGGUCAGGUGGGUACGGAUGUGUCUUCGACUGCAUCACCACUGACAGGUCAGGUGGGCACCGAUGUGGAGAUUAAACCAGAGCAGCUAGGUGGAAAUGUCGUUUCAAAUGCUGAACCAUCUGUGGCAGAUGUAAGAGAUAUUGAAGUGCGUGAACCCAAAAAGGCUACUGAGAAGAAAUCAAAGAAGCAAAAAUCUUCCAAAUCCCAAUCUUCUGGUCAAGCGAAAGGGUUGCUAAAAAAUGUAACCUUGCAGCAGUCGAAGAAUACAGAAUCUGAAAAGCCAAAUUAUAGUGAAAUCAAUUUGAAGGAGGUCAACAGGGAAGAAGAAGAUUAUGAAACACAUCUCAAACAAACAAGCGGUGUGGACGGUGUUUCUAGAACUGCUAUCACAAAUGUAGUUCAUCAUGAAGUUAGUGACCUCCCUGCUACUGUUCCAGAAAGCAUUGCUGAGACAUUUGUUGAGAAUGACUCAAAGUCAUUCAGUCCUGUUGCCUCCCAGAAUACUGAAUUGCCUGCAGGGAGAGCUUGGAAGCCUGCUCCUGGUUUCAAAGCGAAGUCUUUAUUAGAAAUUCAACAGGAAGAGCAGAAAAGGGCACAGACAGAGAUGCCUGUAAUUGAGGUUGCUACUACCGUCAAUUCACCAAGUGUGACUACUCCCUGGGUUGGAGUUGUGGCUAAUCCAGACCCUAUCAAGGUGUCUAGUCAAAAUCAUAAAGAAGCAAGCAAUACCGAAAAUCUGGGAAAAACAAAAACUUCUCAACAUAGCAAGAGCAAGAAAAGUCCAUUACAUGAUCUAUUGGCAGAAGACACAGAGAUUUUUAAUGAAAGAGAUGGCACAGGUCUAGACAGUAUAUUAUUCUCACAAUAUAUAGCUGCCCAUUCAGAACCAAUAGAUGAAGGAGAGUUCAUUGAAGCUAAAGACACUAGAAGGAGCCGGAAAAAAUCUACAAAAUCAAAGGGUUCAGGGUCCAAGAUCUCAAAGCCAGUUGCUUCUAGUGAAACACCAAUAAGUUCAAGUCCCAUUGAAAAGGGAAAAAGCUCCCGGUCUGUGCAGCAGGAGAAAGAACUGCCUACCAUACCUUCAGGACCCUCUCUGGGAGAUUUUGUUCUUUGGAGGGAAGAGCCAACAAGCCCAUCUCCUUCUCCAGCUUGGACAAUUGAUUCUGGUAGGGUUCAUAAACCACUGUCAUUAAGAGACAUUCUAAAGGAACAGGAGAAAAAGUCUUCUGCAGUUCCCCCAAAUCAAUUUCCUACUCCUCAGAAAUCACAGCCUGCCCAAACUGCUCAGAGUAGUGGUCCUUCACGGACAAUUUCAGCUCCAACUUCAUUAAAAACUGCAUCUUCUAGCCACAUAAACUCCGAAGCUUCUCAUUCAAAACACAAAGGGGAUGAUGACAUGUUCUGGGGUCCAGUUGAGCAAUCUAAGCAAGAAACUAAACACAGGUCAAAUUUCCCUCAGCUUGCAAGCCAGGGGAGUUGGGGUUCCAAAAAUGUUCACAUGAAAGGUAAUUCUUCUGGAUCAUUAAGCCACCAAAAAUCUGGGAGUAGCAAACCAACAGAGCGAUUGCUGUCAUCAUCACCCGUCUCUUCUCAAUCAUCGCUGAAAUUAAAGAAAGAUGUCAUGACUAGGAAUUCUGAAGCCAUGGACUUCAGAAUUUGGUGUGAGAAUGAAUGUGUGAGACUUAUUGGGACAAAAGAUACAAGUUUCCUCGAAUUUUGCUCGAAGCAAUCAAAAUCUGAAGCAGAGAUGUUUCUGAAAGAAAAUCUUGGAUCAUAUGACCCUGAUCAUGAAUUCAUUGACAAAUUCCUCAAUUACAUGGAGUUACUACCUUCCGAAGUCUUGGAAACAGCUUUUCUGACUCAGAAUGAUCGGAAAGUUGUUGGAAGCAUAAUAUCUGGAAAUACAAAUUUACAGAAUCUGGGACAGGCAGAUGGUUCCCCCUUAAAAGGUGGAAAGAAAGGUAAGAAAGGGAAAAAGGUUAGCGCUGCAGUUUUGGGAUUCAAUGUCGUAAGUAACCGGAUUAUGAUGGGUGAGAUCCAGACAGUAGAAGACUGAUGUCUAACAUUAACACAGGUUGUUGCGGAACAUGUAAAUAUGUUUUGUCCAUACUUUGUACAUGAAUUUUCCAUUUUAGGAUUUUUGUUUAUACAGCAACAGUAGCAGCAUCAAUUGGAUCUGCUCUAGCAAUUUUGUCAUUUUAAUGUAAACUAGCCUUAAUUUA